AUGAGCUACACACACUCAACUUCACCGUCAUUGUCAGGAAAACGGAUGUCCGUUUCGUCACUCUUUGGAUCGCCAAAGAAGGCGAAGCGCACGUUUGUCGAGCAAAUUCACUUUGAAGUGACUAUAGAGUCUGUUAGUGGAUUGGAGGAGUACAACGAAACAGUAGUUUUUAUGAAAUGGCGAAGAGGGUCAACACGGAAUUCGGGAAAUUUGAAGCGAAUUUUGGUGGAGAAAGGCGUUGCUUUGUUCAGUUCUUUAAUCUCAUUUGAUGUCACUGUAGAAAGAGACUCGAAGACAAACCAAUACAAGACGGAAAAGGCACUUAAACUUGAAUUAGUUUCAACGACAGAAAAGGGGGAGAAAACACGUGGUGUUCUAUCUUUAGAUUUACUGACUUAUUUGGACACUAAAAAGGCGACUGAAAAAGUCCAAUUUGAAGGGAAGAAAUAUACACUGAAUUUUUUGGUCGACUUCUCGAUGAAAGACCCACUAAAUGUACAGAAGAAUGUUUUGCUCUCUGCCGACCAAAGUGAGUGCUCAGAUGUCUUUUCUCCGCGCCGUUUAACCCCUCGAAAAACACAUGUAGUACAUGGGAUAACAACAUCGACUCCAGGAAUACCAAAAGACCACGACAGUACUGAAAGCUCGUAUUCCCCACGAGAAGAAAAUGCAGAGAAGAAGUUUUUGGAACUCCAAGUGAAAUACACGCAGAUGGAAAAUCACUUGGAAGAAGUAAUUCAAGAACUUGAGGAGUGUAAAAUGGAGUCUAAAAGUAAAGAUCUGGCAACUGGAGAAGAUACACCAACGUCUACUUUCAUUGUUGAUAACAUCAUUUGCACGGACUACGGGUUUAAUGGUAAUUACACAACUGCUGCACUUGAAAUAGCUGCUGUUAUUAACGAAAAAAGUGUGCGCAAUGAUACUAAUAGUAGGUAUUACAACACCAUUAUAAAGGCUAUUUCUGGAAUGGCGAAAACGUCAAAUGACAAGCCAAACAUCAUCGCGUAUUGGAUAGCAACAGUGUGCGCACUCGAACACAAAACAGCUUCUUUGAAUUCACCAAUUAAGGAAACUCUAAGUAAAAUUGAACUCCUCAAAGACAAACUGAAGUGUCUUUUAGACGACUUGUUGUCGACUUACAUUCAACUAUGUGUUGGCGAUAUGUCUGUGUUGAUCAAAGAUUUACAAGACAGAGAAAAUGUACGAAUGGACUGCUAUUCAAGUCUCAUUCAAACAGUAAAGCAUUUGGACAACUACAAAGUCCCAACUGAAGUGAUCGAUUGUGUUGUAGUUGAAUAUGCCAAUACCAUAGAUCGAUUCUUGUUCACAAUGAUCAUGCGAGACUCGGAGCGGUUUAGUGUUCAGCGUGGUCUAUCCCUCAAAAUGAAGAAUGAUGCCUUUCGAGAAUUUAUGGGCAAAAAGUUUUGUAAGACCCGUGAAGUGUCUUUCCAUCGCAUUACUGAAGUCUGUCUUCUGAUGUUGAUGGACGUUUCUCAAUUCACUUCAAUGCAAAAGAUUACAGAGGCCAUCCAACAGAAGGUAUUAACCAACGAAGACGUGAUCCGUUCACUAUUAAAAUUGAAUCCUCAACUUGAUCCCACAAUUAUAAAGAAACUCUGUGAUGAGUGUAAGAUCGACACGUCUUUGCCACCACACUACCCAAAGAUGUUUCAACCUGUUUUACUUCCAAAGGAAGUCUUUGACAAUUUGUAA